CCUCCGGGAAAGCUGCGCCCCCUGACGGUAUGCUCCUCGUCGGGCAACUGGGGGAUUUCCUGAGCGGAAGCAGCGGAGGGGGUUUCCAAUGUGAUCAGCCCAGGCCUCCCUGCUGGCUCUCUGAGGUGGACCCAGUAACUUCUCUCUCCGGGACUGACAGUACAGACCGAACCCAGAGACGUGCCGAGCGGAACUGGACCAUGAGGAGUCCGCCUGAAGCCUGGAGGCUCCACGGCAGCGUCAGCGAAACGGCAACGGUUUGAAUCCGCAGUGAAUCCGCCGAGCUGUAGCCUGCCGAGGAGACUGAUCCUCCUCAGGUCAUGUCAUCAGGGAGAAGUGCUAAUGGGAGGGAAGUACAGAUACCCCUCCAGCAGGUGGCGCCUUCACUUGUUGCUCCCCUUCCAAUCACACCACCCUCCCACCGCUCAACCAAUCCCUGGCCUCCAUGCGAUCUCGCUCCUCAACCAAGUGCUCCUGCAGGGUUCCAGCCUCUUCAUGGAGGGUUUCGAGAUGUGUUCGUUGAGAAGCCAGAGGCCAAAUACUGCUGCGAGGCGUGCAGGCGGGUCCUGUGUGAGCCCCGCCAGACUGAGUGUGGACACCGCUUCUGUCAGAGCUGCAUCAAUGACAUCCUCAGUCAUUCAAACCCAGUGUGUCCAGCUGACAGGGAGCCCCUGUUCAAAGACAAGAUCUUUAGAGACGUAUGUUGCCAUCGAGAGAUUAUGGCGCUGAAGGUCUUCUGUCGGAGUAAAGCUAACGGCUGUCAGGAGCAAAUGAGUCUGCAGCAGAUACCUGACCACCUGAAUGUGUGUCCGUUCUUCGAGGUCCCCUGUCCGCUGGGGAAAUGUAAAGAGAGGAUGAUGAGGAAGGAGAUUCCUGAGCACCUAGCGUGGAAAUGUAAACACAGAGAGAGCACUUGUGAAUUUUGCAUGACCAAGAUGCCUUUGACUGACCUACAGAAACACAAGGAGACUGUGUGUCCAUCGUUCCCUGUGUCCUGUCCCAACCACUGCUCCUUCUCUUCCCUGCCCCGGAGUGAGCUGACCAGCCACCAGCACGACUGUCCCAAAGCCCAGGUCAGCUGUCUGUUCCACCGCUACGGCUGCACCUUCAAGGGCUUAAAUCAAGAAAUGAGGCAGCAUGACUCGACCUUCGUAGCCGAGCAUCUAAGAAUGAUGGUCAAAGGGAACUGCUUGUUGGAGAACAAGGUGGACAACGUGAAGGAAGAGCUGAUGGAGCGGUGCAAGGUGCUUCCCGCUCUCAACAGCCGACUGUCGGAGCUGGAGAGCCAGAAUGAAGAGCUGCGGGAAAAGAACCGGCAGAUGGAGCAGAAGCUGGCCAACCUGCAGAAAAUGAUGAGCUCACAUUCAGAGACGCUGAUGGCGUUGGAGAUAGAGCUGGGUUCACUGCGUCGACUAAGAGAAGAAGUGGAAACCUUACGAGGAACGAUGGACAACGUUCGGACUCGGCUGGCCACCUUGGAGCAGGGGGGACGGAGCGGCUCUGGAUCCACUCACACCUUCGCGUCCUUGGAAACUCAGCUCAAUCGGCACGACGACAUGCUGAGCGUCCAUGAAAUCCGGUUGGCUGACAUGGACCUGAGGUUCCAGGUACUGGAGACGGCUAGCUACAAUGGGACUCUAAUCUGGAAAAUCCGGGACUACAAGAGACGGAAACAGGAAGCCGUGGCAGGAAAGACGCUGUCACUGUACUCACAGCCGUUUUAUACCGGAUAUUUCGGAUACAAGAUGUGCGCUCGGGUUUACCUAAAUGGAGACGGCAUGGGCAAGGGGACGCACCUGUCGCUGUUCUUUGUGGUGAUGAAGGGCGAGUACGACGCCCUGCUGCCCUGGCCCUUCAAGCAGAAGGUGACUCUGAUGCUGAUGGACCAGACUCCUUCCAGGAAGCACCUGGGCGACGCCUUCAAGCCCGACCCGCACAGCAGCAGCUUCAGGCGCCCCACGGCCGAGAUGAACAUCGCCUCCGGCUGCCCUCUGUUCGUGGCUCAGAGCGUCCUGGAGACGGGCAGCUACAUCAAAGAUGACACCAUCUUCAUCAAGGUCACCGUGGAUACGUCCGACCUUCCUGACCCAUGAUGUUAGGAGCUUCUUCUUCUUCUAACAUCACCUCAUCAGUGCGAGAUCUGCACCGCCAAGACUAAUGGGAAGGAUCAGUGGAGCUGGAGGCCGGACAGGAAGCAGCCAAUCAGAGCGCGCUUCGUCUUCUGGUUGCUCUAUGGACUGCAGAGCUGUGUGUGUGUCUUGGUUGUGUGUGAAUUGAUCUGUUACGACGUCACCACGGUGACCUUACCCAGAACCGACGUGCCCGUCACAGUGAGGGCAUUGGUGUCGCUCGCCCCCGACGCGCUGCGCCUGACUUCCUGUUUCACACCUGCCUACUGGGUCAUGCUGGGAAAUGUGCCACAGUUACAGUUCAGACCAGCACCACUGGAUCAGAACCGGUGCCAUAAACUGAGUGGUGAAGUGACAGGAGGUCUUCAUUCAGACUGGUUCUGUCAGGCUAACUAGCUGAUGUCACACUAGCACUAGUUUUUUUUAACCUAAUAUUCUAAGUAGUUUUUUUUUCACUAACUAUUUUCAGCCAGCCUGGUGUGUUUCAUCAUGAACACCUGGUAUGUCGUCUGGCUCAGCAGCCCUGAGUCCGGGUGAAACAGGUUGGCUGGAGGAUUUUUGUUUUUGUAUUUUUUUAUACAAUCAAACUGACAGGGUAGUUGGGUUUGAGCCGCGGCCCAGAGCCAGCCUGUAGAACUUUGUGUAGGGGAAGAAAACAUCCUGUCAGCAGAAAAUACUGAACUUCAACAGUGAAGCAUUUCUGUAGAGUGCAGAGGCUCACUGUCCAGGCUGACUGCCCCUCCCUCUAAAAGUCUACAAGGGUCCACAGCAUCAGCACUGAGCUGAACCAGAACUAGAACCGUCCAAAGGAGCCCAGAGAAUUCCAGAGAAUUCCAGAGGCGGAGCUGAGUCCCUGCCGGAGCUUCCAGCUGGGCCUCCUCUGUGGCUCCUGAGUUUUCCAGUGUUGGCAAAAAUUCAUCCAACUGUCUCCAUACAUUUGCACAGUUUUAAUGUUUGUUGAAGUGUAAAAAUAAAAUAAUAAAAAAAAAACA